AUGAAGUCUGAAUCUGUGACAUGCGUUGGCAUCGCAGCAUCUAUUGCGUUGGCUACAUGCCUAACACGUGCGCUGGCUGAAGGGAAUAACUCAACAAAGGGGAAUAGUUCGACUGUUCCUAUCAGUCUGAUAAUUGCAAGGGAGGGUGGCAAUAAGUCGAGUCCGCUUCUCUAUGGGGUGAUGUUCGAGGAAAUGGACCAUUCUGGCGAUGGUGGAAUCCACGGACAACUGCUGCAGAACAAUGGGUUUCAAGGAACAAGUCUUGGUUUGACUGCCUACGCCCAGGUGGGGGAUGUAAAAAUCUUUCAGGAUACAUCGAAACCCGUCAGCAAAGCAAUCACGUCUUCGCUCAAGGUCGAAGUACCGGAUGGGGUAACAGAGUAUGUUGGCUUUGCCAAUACCGGUUACAGCGGAAUUCCAGUCACGGGUGCCACAUACAACUGUUCAUUCUGGAUGAGUGGUAACUACUCGGGCAUCAUUAACCUGCAGCUUGUUGGGUCUCAUAGUGGUUUGAUAUAUGCCGAUCAUAACCUGACUGUUAAGAGUACGGAUGAAAAAUUCACGGAAUUCAAAACCAGAUUCAACACUACUUAUGCACCAAGAGGGGACAACGAGUGGCAUUUGACAUUUGAUGGAUCGAAAGUUGCUGGCAGCGCGUUGAACUUUGGCUUAGUCCAGCUAUUUCCUCCCACUUUCAAAGGAAGGGAAAACGGGUUGCGAGAUACCAUUGCCAUGUUUCUGGAAGAGGUCAAUGCGGCGUUUCUCCGUUUUCCAGGAGGGAACAACCUCGAAGGCUUGGAGGUUGAUUCUCGUUGGAAGUGGAACACUACGAUUGGACCCGUGGUCGACCGUCCAGGAAGAGAAAGUGACUGGUUUUACCCUAACACAGAUGCCCUCGGCCUGGACGAGUAUCUGUGGUGGUGUGAGGACAUGAACAUGGCGCCCCUACUGGCUGUAUGGUCAGGAAAGUCCUAUGGGGACAUUCUCUCCGGGCCGGACCUCGAACCUUUCGUCGAGGAUAUCAUGAAUGAGAUGGAAUAUCUCUUUGGCGACUCCUCGACAUAUUAUGGCAAACUGCGAGCCCAGAACGGCCGGAAGGAACCAUGGAAAGUUGACCACAUUGAAAUUGGCAACGAAGAUGAUCUGACCCGUGGGUGUGACACCUAUCCGGAUCGUUUCAAUCAAAUCUACAAGGCCAUCCAUGACAAGUACCCGCACAUAACGUUUGUUGCUUCCCAUGGGGACUAUCUGUGUUUGCCAUCUCCGCUUCCCCCAAAUCUCAUACUUGAUUUGCAUCUAUAUCGCGCACCAGAUGACUUUGUCAAUUUGUUCAACCAGUUUGAUAACCAGCCGCGGAACCAGUCAGUGAUGGUUGGUGAGUUCGGGUGUCGCAAUACCACAGAAGAGACAGGAAUAUACUGGUCAUACAUGCAGGGCAGCUGCAGUGAGGCCGUGUACAUGAUUGGAAUAGAGCGCAAUAGUGACAUAGUCAAGAUGGUGGCUUAUGCACCCUUGAUGCAGCAUUUUGAUUUCGUUUCUUGGUCGCCUACACUAUACGGGUUUAACUCGGCUCCCGACUCUAUCACACCUUCGGUUUCAUAUUUUGUGCAAAAGAUGUUCGCAUCUAACAAGGGUGAUACCAUUCUUCCAGUCCACUCAUCGACAGGAUUUGGACCUGUUUACUGGGUGGCUUCGAAGACAGGUUCACAAUACUAUUUGAAACUGGCAAACUAUGGUCCCGAGCACCAGAACGUCAAGGUGAGUAUACCAGGAACCAAAACUGGUCAACUAGAGAUGCUUGCUGGCCCCAAGUACCAGGGUGACACGCCGUUCAACGUGCAAAUCCAAACCGUCACCACCAGUAUCUUCAAUGGGCAAGGGAAUUAUUCAAUAGACAUGGAUCCUUGGGCUGUCGCUGUUCUAGCAGUCUCCUGA